AUGGACCACGGCCCGGAGAACGAGGUCCUGGCUGCGACCCAGAGGUACUGUGUGGAGCGCCCCAUCUUCAGCCACCAGGUUCUCCAUGGGAGGCUGCACAAGAAGGACAAGGUGUCAGAGCCCAUUGGGGACAAGAUCAAACAAGCCUUGAGCUGCACUCCGAAGAAGGUUAAGCACAUCAUCUAUCGGUUCCUGCCCAUCUGCAAGUGGCUGCCCGCCUACAAGCCAAGGGAAUACAUCGUGGGCGACAUCGUCUCGGGCAUCAGCACGGGAGUCCUCCAGCUUCCGCAAGGGAUAGCUUAUGCCCUGCUGGCCGCCGUGCCUCCCAUCUUCGGCCUGUAUUCCUCCUUCUACCCCGUCAUCAUGUACACCGUCUUUGGGACCUCCCGGCACAUAUCAAUAGGCCCGUUUGCGGUGAUCAGCCUGAUGAUCGGCGGCGUGGCGGUGCGCUUGGUCCCUGACGACAUGUUCCCCGGAGGAAUGAACUCCACCAACAGCACGGAGGUGAGGGACAACCUCCGGGUCAAGGUGGCCAUGUCCGUCACUCUGCUGUCGGGGAUCAUCCAGUUCUUCCUGGGCGUGCUGCGGUUCGGCUUCGUGGCCAUCUACCUGACGGAGCCGCUGGUCCGCGGGUUCACCACGGCGGCCGCGGUGCACGUCUUCACCUCCCAGCUCAAGUACCUGCUCGGCGUGAAGACCAAGCGCCACAGCGGCCCCCUCUCCGUCGUCUAUAGUACGGUUGCCGUGGUGACCAACAUCAAAAAGCUGAACAUCGCCUCCUUAGUCGUGGGGGUGCUUUGCUUCGGCAUUUUGCUGGGUGGCAAGGAGUUCAACGAAAGGUUUAAAAAGAAGCUACCCGCCCCCAUUCCUUUGGAGUUCUUUGCGGUGGUGAUUGGAACGGGAGUUUCGGCAGGCCUGGAUCUGAAGGAGUCCUACAAGUUGGAUGUGGUUGGCAGCCUCCCCUUGGGGCUGGGGACCCCGGCGGUCCCGGACGCCAGUCUCUUCCACCUGGUCUACGUGGAUGCCAUCGCCAUUGCCAUCGUCGGCUUCUCGGUGACCAUCUCGAUGGCCAAGAUCUUCGCCAUUAAGCACGGCUAUCAGGUGGAUGGAAAUCAGGAGCUCAUUGCCCUGGGGAUUUGCAAUUUCUUCGGAUCUCUCUUCCAAACCUUCUCCAUCUCGUGCGCCAUUUCACGGAGCCUGGUGCAGGAGGGCACCGGGGGAAAGACCCAGCUCGCAGGUUGCUUAGCCUCUUUAAUGAUCCUGUUGGUCAUCUUGGCGGCCGGCUUCCUCUUCGAGUCCCUGCCUCAGGCUGUGCUGGCGGCCAUCGUGAUCGUGAAUCUGAAAGGCAUGAUGAUGCAGUUCACCGACCUCCCGCAUUUCUGGAGAACCAGUAAAAUCGAACUGACGAUCUGGCUCACUACCUUUGUCUCCUCCCUGUUCCUGGGCCUGGACUACGGUCUGAUCACGGCGGUCAUCAUCGCGCUGAUGACAGUCAUCUACCGGACCCAGAGCCCGAGGUACAGGGUCCUUGGACAGAUCCCUAACACGGAUGUUUAUUGUGACAUUGAUGCCUACGAAGAGGUGAGAGAACACCCGGGGAUUAAAAUAUUCCAGAUCAAUGCCCCCAUCUACUAUGCCAACAGCGACUUGUAUAAUAAUGCUCUGCGGAGAAAGACCGGAGUGAAUGCAGCGGUUAUAAUGGCGGCCCGAAGGAAAAUCCUGAAGAAGCACGCCAGGGAAAUGAAGCGGACAAACAAGCCCAAAUCGACAGUUGUCAAAGUUGUUCAUGAUUCAGAAGGAGGUGGGGAAGGUGGUACAAAGCAGGAAAUCCAGAAUGAUGAGCAAAGUGGAAAAGGCCCAGCCGAACUGAUCGUCCAGAACACAUUUCCAGAAGAACUGGAAAGGUUUAUGCCACCAGGAGCUAAUGUUCACACUAUAAUUUUGGAUUUCACUCAAGUGAAUUUUAUAGAUUCAGUCGGAGUAAAAACUCUAAAAGGUAUCAUAAAAGAAUAUGGAGACGUCGGUAUCUACGUGUAUGUAGCGGGGUGCAGUGAACAAGUGGUGGACGACCUCACGCGAAACAAGUUUUUCGAGAAGCCCUCCACGAAGGAAAUGCUCUUCCACAGCAUCUACGACGCAGUCCUGGGCUGCAGAGUCCGCGAAGCCCUGGCUCAGCAAGCAGCCCUGGCACCCCCGCCCCAGGAGGCCACGGACCAGCUGGACAGCCCGGAGCCAUAGAUGAGUAACGGCUCGC